GCACCUUUUGGGGGGAGUGUGGCCUACUUUAACCCACUAUGCCCGUGGGCAACAGGUCCCAGCUGGGGAGAGAACCCACUCCUCUGGAAGCCGCUGUCUGUUAAUUGUAAAACUCAUUUUUCUGCGCCUGUGGCCUCUGCCAGCCAGCGGUGGGGAGCCGCUGGGGAGUAGGAGGGGGCACUCCUUCCUGCCCUCCCCACCUCCCUGCGGCCUGGGAAAAGGCAGCAUAUUGAGGCGCGGGGCUCUCAGCAUCAGGCCCCGGGAUGCUAAUGAGGGCGAGCGCGUUCCCACAGCCCGGACAUUGUGCCGCGCGGCCCACCUGCUCCUCGGGGAGCGACCAUUGUGCCCGCGCCAAUUCACAGGCAAUUUAGCGUGCGCUAAUGGGCCGGCGCCUUUGUGCGGCCGGCGCCGCCAUUGGCCGCCGAGUGUGGGAACGGCCGCGGCGCCCGGACCCCAGGCGCCGGGCCACUGCCCGCGCCUAUAUAGGGCUGGCGCGCGGGGCUCGGGGCCGCGCCAGCCCGGGACGCCUGGCUUUGCCCGCUCCGCUCCGUUCCCCAUCGCCUCCAGAGCGCCAGGCAUGGCCCCAAGCACCGUGGCGGUGGAGAUGCUCAGCCCCAAGGAGAAAAACCGACUGCGCAAGCCGGUGGUGGAGAAGAUGCGCCGGGACCGCAUCAACAGCAGCAUAGAGCAGCUGAAGCUGCUGCUGGAGCAGGAGUUCGCGCGGCACCAGCCCAACUCCAAGCUGGAGAAGGCCGACAUCCUGGAGAUGGCCGUCAGCUACCUGAAGCACAGCAAAGCGUUCGCCGCGGCCGCCGGCCCCAAGAGCCUGCACCAGGACUUCAGCGAGGGCUACUCGUGGUGCCUGCAGGAGGCCGUGCAGUUCCUGACCCUGCACGCCGCCAGCGACACGCAGAUGAAGCUGCUGUACCACUUCCAGCGGCCCCCCGCUCCCGCCGCGCCGGCCAAGGAGCCCCAGGCGCCCGGCGCCGCGCCCCUGCCGGCGCGCUCCUCCGCGAAGGCCGCCGCCGCCGUCUCCACCUCGCGCCAACCCGCCUGCGGCCUCUGGCGGCCCUGGUGACCCCGCGGGGCCCGGAGCGGAGCGGAGGAGGGGCGCGCUCCUCUCGCUCCUCUCUCCCCAGCCGCCGCUCAGCCCCAGGUUGGCCGCACCUUCUUGCGAAGGCUCCCUCCCCAGGCUGGCUGGCCAGCAGGAGGCUCAUUCUUCAGAGAAUGUGUGUGCAGAGUUGUCAUUCAGGGACAGUCGGGGCCCGCCCUCUGCCGCGCGUCCGACCCUGUGGGGUUGUUUUGUGUUUGCAUUUCAGCAAGUGACUUCUGGGAAGUUCCCUGUCACCGGGAGUUCUAUGACAUUUGUAGUCAGGGGUGGCUCACCCCAGCCCGUAGAGGACUUUCUUCGGGGCCCGCUGCUGCUGGGCCAGCACCCUGCAGGCGGGCCGUGCCCUGGGCACACUUGCCUUUUGUGAAGGCGGAACAACAGGUGUUUCCUCAUAGGAAAGCACUCAGCCUGCGUGGACAUAGGCCAAUGGGACCUCACCUAAAGGUCCACGUGGCCUUAGCUGUCUGAUACACGCUCAUAGUGGGCUGUCUGGGAGGGUAGGGUCUCCAUGAUGAUCCUUAAAGGAUUCCUUUGCGUGGGUGGGUGCGUGUGGGCACAGUUUUGUACUUAGAAUUUCAAUGCUUCCUCAUGUGGGAGACCACAGGCUGCUCUGAAGGCUUCUAAUAAAACUUCCAGCCC